CUUGUAACUGAAGCAUUUGUUUUGAUGCCAACAUUCGUAGCUCCUUGUCUGACCGGCGUCUAUGGCAGUGGCGUAACAUAUUUUGAUUUAUUUCGAAAUAAUCAAUUGGUGCUCAAAAAUAGUUUAGAGUGUGAUUUAUUUAUGAAAAUUCUUUCGUAAUUAGAAAAGGUCAAUGUUUUUCUCAGUUUUAUGAUUUAGCCAUUGUGAAGUUAGGAAAAAAAGAUUUCUGAUAAUUAUUAAACACAUAUACGGAUAAAAUCUUUUUUGCUGUAUGAAUUUCAAUUUUGCACUCAAAUUAUUAUUUCCCAUUUCUUAAGAUGUGAAGGGCAGUCGGAAUUCGCAGGAAAUCUUUUUUUCUGUUGCAUUUUCUCAUAUAAAAUAUUUUCUGUAAAUUUCUCAAGAAUCUGAUUUCACGAUUUAUUCAACAAUGAAUGGCAGGAUAGGCUGGUGGAUUUUAAUUGAAUUUAUUCAACUUUUUCAAAACAUAAUAAACUAGUGAAAACUAUUUUUCAUGAACAAUGAUUUACUGAAAAUUUGGGUUAAAUUGUCUUAGUAGAAGGAACGGAAAAUAAACAUUCGAACCCGAUCCCGAAUACAAGAGAGAUGAAAGCUUAGACGCGCCAAUCACAAUUGGGCUAGCCGAAUUGAAAACGUUGCCAGCUCUAUUUUCAGUACGAAGGAAUGAACGAAGAAAAAGAUCAAAAUUUUUCCGACAAUUCAGAUAAUCUGUCGAUGUGGCAACGUGCAUUCGGGAAUUCUGUCAUUUUGUUCUGGCUUUAGACCACCUCAGUUGGCUAAAUCUUCAUUAUUCCUUGUUUUAAUUAUUUUGAAUUUUCAUUUAUAACCAUUAGAAGUGAUAUUAGAUAUGCCUAGCAGGUGUUUUUUGUGUGGUUUCACUUAUAUUGUGGGAGGUGAGAUUAGUCUUCACAGGUGAGUUCCAUCCAUAGGCGUGCAGAAUCCUGAUUUUUUUCCUUAAAGCAUAUAUUCAGUUAUAAUUAAAAACAAUCCAAAACUAAUUUAUACGACUAAUAAUUUUUUUUUAAGACUUCCAUCGAGUCAACUUGAUCGAGAAAAAUGGUUGCAGAGAAUUUCUUGGAACCGACCGAUGUUGGAAAAAAAAAUGUUUUCUUUGAUCAAAUCAUUUUCCUGAAGAUUGCUUCCGACUAAUGAACCUAAGAAAGAGGCUUAUCCCAGGAAGUUUGCCUUCUCCUUCGGAAAUCAAAUUGGAAAUACCUCUGACCUACUCAGAAGGGAAUGGAAGUAUUGAAGCACAGGACUUUACAGAAUCUGAUUCUAAAACACAAUCGCCACCAAAAACACGAUUGAGAUUUGAGACUUUAGCUACUUUUAACUCUCCUUCAAAAUGUGCAUCUUCUAGCUCUAGUGACACUAAGAACCUAAGGCUUAUCCAGGAGGUUUGCCUUCUGAAGUUAAUUGGAAAUGCCUCUGACUUACUCAGAAGGGAAUGGAAGUAUUGAAGAACAGGACUCUACAGAAUCUCUAUAUGAUUCUAAAAUACAAUCUCCAUUAAAAAAACGAUUGAGAAUUGACACUCCAACUACCAAUGAUUCAGAAGAAACACUGAUUAAGCUCUCCUUCAAAAUGUGCAUCAUUUAGCUCUAGUGCAACUUCUUUCUCUGGGAAACGAAGAAUAUCCAAAAUGAAGUAAGAUAUAUCAAAAACAAAACACCAUUUUAAAUUCUACUUUUCUAGGUUUUUCUCAAAUCCCCGCUAUAUUGGAGACUAUUCACAUCAUCAUUUGGAAAACCCUAUGCUGUGAAAGAAAUACUUUAGGUUGUC